GAACGACGUGGGUUUAUUUACAAUCAUGGCCGUCAUAUUUGAAAUGAAUCAUGAUGAUAGAGAUUUAUUUGGAAUUUUUGAUUGAUUACCGGUAGUAUUUUGUCUUAUAUCAACUUUGUUCAGGAGUGACGUUUGCAUGCAGUGCUAGAAUGAAUUGAGGAUUGGAGAAAAAUCUACGAUUGAUAAGUUUUUAAUGCAACACGCGUCCAUGACGACAAGUGAGGACAGGUUUUAACAUUCUGGGUAAUUCAAAUUGGGGACUGAAGCAAUCGUAUAAAGAUGGCACAAAGAAGGUCCAAGAUGUCAAAGAAAGAGUUUGACGAUCAAUUCGAAGCUUUUUUAAAAGAGUCGAUGUCGUCAGAAGAGUCGAUGGACUCCUCCCGCGUGGCUAAAUACCUGAAUCCCCCGAAGAAGGAGAAGCACUGGUGGAUGGAACAGGAUGAUGAUGAUGAACAGGACAUUGGACGAGGGCUAACAGCCAGUGGUAAGAGCUUUUUCAAGAAAAAGAAACCUGAGCCGGAGAGCAGCACACCCAUCAGAGAGGACCAGACGACGUCCAUACGAGACAAGAAACCUGACCUGGACAGUUCUGAUGACGGGAAAAAGAUCAUAAGUCCAGCAGAUCGGCGGGCCAAAACCAAACGAGAGAUGAAAGCAAAAGGAGUACGGGGAAAAACAGACAACUCAAUGAGCAAGGAUUCACUGGAAGACAUAUCUGAGAAAUCCGAGGAAGAAAGCACGAAAAUGAACGACAAGAAGGGGCUGAGUGGGACUAAAAGCAGCACAGGGCCCUCCCACAGAGCAGGCAAAAACACAAUGCCCGGUAUGGAAACCUUGGACGAAAUUGCAGAGAAAGAGAAGUUUUUUCAGGACUUAGAGAAGAACGCGACGGGAGGGACUCUGGAUUACAGUCGACUCAACCGCGACCUUAGUCAGAGCGCCACCACCAUGUCACCAGAGGGCGCCGCUAAAGCUGCCGCCACUCUCGCUGCGCUGGAGGACAUCGAACAAGAGGAUGGGUCACUGAUCCCCCCACCCAAGUCUGAACCAGUCACUGAUCAUGACCCGUCUAUACAGAAACCCAGCAUGUUGUCCAAAGUGUCUCUGAUGGACUCUAUGGAUUCCACGAUGAACACGACUGGUUCCCCGAAAAUUGGGGGCACUCUGCAGGAAGCAAGGAAAUCUGGUCUGGAUGAUGUGGACGGUCAUCUUCACGUCCAGCAAUCAACACCAGGGUCAUUUAAAACAGGCACAGGCGAGUUCAAUGCCCAUAUGUCAGGUUUUAUGGGAACCAACACCAGUAAUGAAAUUGAGGCUCUCCAUAAGGCGUUGCGGGAGGUGGGCUUGUCUCCUACAAUAAAGAAUGACAGUCAGGCCCUGGACUCCUCAAUGGCCAACAACUCUGAACUUCUGCAGAAAAUUCUGUCAGCUGAACCAGAGAAAGGUAAACACAGGACGGUAGAGGAAGUCCUUCAGGAAAUGGACAACAUUGAGAAACAGAGCCAGAGUAGACACGAUCAAGACGACGUGCAGCUGCUGUCGGAGAAGAGGAAGUCUCCCGCGAACGGUGAGAGAAAAAUGGAGGAGAUACGAGGCUUUGGCCUGUCCCCCAUCCAACCGGACAACUCCUCACCCCGAGGGUUUGACCAGUCCCACACAGAGGACACCGAGAUGUACCAGCCGGUCACACAGAUCACAGGUUCGAAGGCGAAGUCAAUAUCAGAAAGAGGAAGAACCAAAAAGAAAAAUUCUAAAGAGAAAGGAAAAACAAAGUCUAAGAAAUCCUCUCCCUCCUCCCCGGGUCGCAGUCUGUCCCCAAGGUCAUCACCAAGGAGAUGGAUGUCACCAAGGUCAAAUACGAUGAAGUUGGAUGAGAGGUCAAGGUCAUUGUCACCAACUAAAGCAGGGUCUACCUUGAAGAACAAGUAUAAUCACAUUAAAAGCUCUGGAUAUGGACAACAGUCACCCGGGAGGACCCCGAGUAAAGAGAGGCCCUCCAGCGCCAGGGAGAGGGGGACCCUGAGAACCGAGGAACACAGAGGGGCUAAGCACGGGGGCAAGGACAGGGCCCCAGAGAGGGCCGGAAAGAAGGAGAGGAGACUGAGAGAGGUGGGACAACAGGAACAGCCGUGGUCUCCAGUGGACAUCUCACGACAGAAAAUUAUCGGUACACAGUCUCCUAAACAGAGCCAGGGACACCAUCCAGGCCUGGACUCUCAGCUACGAGUCUCCAUUGAUUCCUUUGCCGCCUACAUCACAGACCACUUCUCCCCGACAAAAGCGAUGCCCAGGACCAAAUUUUCUGAAAAUGAACCUGCUUUGUCAGCCAGCUGGAAGGGAGAUAAAUCUGUAGAGGAUCUGCCUAUUGACCUAGAAGAACUCCAAAAACUGGUGCUGUCUGAAAAAACUGCCAAUCAAAACCUAAGAGAAGAACUCGAGAAUUCAGUACAAGCUCAUGAGCGAGAACUUGAGAAACAGAAAUUGGGGUACGAGGAGGAAAUCCACAAACUGAAACAGGAGAACUACGUCCUGUCAGCCAAGAUCCCGGGAGACAAGGAGAAGUUGAAGAAACAGGUGAUGAAUGGGGCCCCGGGUGAAAUCAGUACGGAACAAAUGGAACGUCUAAAGAAAGAUCUACAGGAACAGGAAAAUUUGAUAGCCGGGUACCAGCAGGAGAACCAGCGACUGUAUGAUCAGGUCAAGGGCUUACAGAAGCAGGCCAAGGUCACGGAGGAGAGAAUGUUCUCCGAGAACCAGAGGUUGCAGACUGAACUUACGAACCUUAGGGCAAAAUCUGGUGAAGAUGAGGGUAUUCCACUGAUGAAAACCAGAGUGCUAGAGUCUCAGCAGGGCAAUCCUGAUGUCAACUUGGCCCUGGGAAUGGGGCAGAUUGCUGAGUUAGAGGCGGAGUUACGAGAGCACAAGAGACGUGAGGUAACAAUGAAACGCGAGCUAGAAAUAUCACAGAGAACCAAGAUCGAGUUGGAUCAACAAAUGGACAAACUAAUCAAAGAGAGAGAACUCUUACACGAGAAACUGGAGAAGGCAUCGUAUCCGGAGGACAUUAGGAAAUUAGAAGACCGCUAUAAGGAGGAGACAGAGAGACUAAACAGGAAACUGAAGUGGUACGCUGAGAACCAGAAACUACUGGACCAAGACACCAAGAAACUGAAAGCGAAAGAAGAAGAAAUCACAAAGCUGAAGUCCAGGAUACAGGAUCUCCAGUCUGAGACGGGUAAACGGUUGGAGGACAACAGAAUGAGGAGUACAGAGAGAGCUAAAGAUGCCAAGAAAAUUCAGGAUCUACAGAGACAGGUGAAGGAGAUGGAGCAAAUAAUGAAGAGAAGGCACCCAAAUUCCCUGCCCUCCCUGAUGAUGACAGCAGCCGUAAUACCCGAGGAGCAUGCUCAGUCACCAUUAGUAACAGUGCUGGAGGGGCGUGUCCGAAAACUGGAGCAGGAACUGGAGAGCAGGCAGAAAGAGGAAGACAAGAUGUUACGGGCCGUGGAACAGAAGUAUAACAACAUUAAGUUGAAAUACGAGGAGAGAAUCGGCGAUCUUGAGACACAGUUAGCAGCUUACCAUCGACCCGACGACAUGAAUCUAAAGUCGUACGAACAUCCCCACACUCACGCCGUCGCAUUGCAACAAGAACUGGAUGCUGCGAGGGAGCGAUAUAAAAAACAGGUGGUGGAUCUAGAGGGGCAGAUAUCUCAACUCACUGCACAGCUACAGAAGGUUCAGAAAAACCAAGAAGUUCCGAAGAAUGAGAUGCAAGCUUCCAAGGAAAAAGAAGUAGAGCUGAGUAGCAGACUGCAGCUUCUACAGCUAGAACUCAACACCAAGAACCACGACAUCCAGGUCUUACACAAAUCUCUAGAGAGACUCCGAAAGGAAAAGCAAGCUACGCUAGUCAACGGACUGUCUCUAGAUAAGAAGAAAAAGAAACACAAAGAUGAGACAGGAAGUGAAAAAGAAACGGAAGUUCUCGAGAACCAUGAGAAAGAACCUUGUGACCAUAGUGAUGAAAUAUACAAGCUGGCCCAGGAGAACGAAGGGCUCCGAGCCAAGAUGGAUGAAUUACAACUCGAGGCGGAACACAGUCGACUGAAAGUGCACAAAGUUCAAGCUGAGCAUGAAGCUUACGUGCGCAGGAGCCGAGAAAAAUAUGAAGAGAAGAUUGAGGCUCUGUGUCAGUCCCACCAGAAGGAACUACAGCAGAUGUUAGCAGAACAAGCACUAGAACACUCAGCCUCUAAAACUGCCCAACUCCAUAGUAAAGUUAAUGCACAGGAAGUGAUGAUCCAACAUUUAAGGGAACAGUUAACUGCUGCCCAGGUAGAACUAGAACAGUUGUCUGUCAUGAAAAUUAAGGAGGCCAGUCACCAGACUCGUAUAGAAAAAUUACAGGAAGAACUCCGAGACGCUAAAAAAUACCACUCCCCAGGGAUGAAGCAUUUUGAACAAAUAGAGGAUAAGAUUCUCAGUAUAGAAAAGAAACAUGAAAACCGCGAGCGAGAGCUACAGCAAGUGAUUCAGAAGUCGAAGGACUCCCACACUCAGGAACUGGAGCAGCAGACGGCCAAAUGGAAACAGGUCGUGGAGGUCAAGAAUCAAGAAAUCCAGAGAUUCCGUGUGGAACUGGACGCCAUUCUGGAUGUGUUGAGACUUUUACAGAAACAGGGUGUAGUUCUCCCGGUCAGGACUAGUCAUGUAUACUCAUAGCAGGAAAUAUGUAGUGAAGGGUGUUCUAGUGGAUUCAACCGGUCAGAACCAGUAAAACAUACUCAUAGCAAAUGUACAUGUAGGGUGCUUUAAUGGAUCUACUGGCAGGACGGGGUUCUACUGGUCAGGACUAGUAACGUACUCACAGCAGGAAAUCUCCAGUGUAGGGUGGUUUUAGCGGAUUUACCGGUCAGAAUCUCAAGUGUAGGGUGUCUUAGCGGGUUUUACUGGUCAGGAUGUCGAGUAUAGGGCUGACCAGCUUCACAGUACAUGAUUGGUUGAUUGGACGGUCUAUGGUGCAUUUGUCUUGUAUGAAUGAUACAGGAAUAAACUUCAACAAAACCAUUACUUCUGGAUAUUGAGUAGUGGCUCUUUAUGAUAAGGAAGACGAGUGUCUGAAUAUGUCUGAUUGAAGGAGAAUUAUGUGCAGCACAUGCUCAGCAGUCCAGUCUGUGUGUAAAUUGUAUUUAAAGUUUAGCAGAAAAGAUAGGUUCUGACAUAUGCUCCUAAUUAAGAAAACAGACUUGAGUGCUUCCCAUUGUUUGUCAUUGUAAGUACAUACAGUCUAACCGAUGUCAGGCCUCCACUCUCAGGCUGUUGUCAGUAACAUGUUUUACUGUCGUCAUUAUGUUACAUGUUAAUUUAAUAAUAAAUAUAUGAAAUGGUAA